CUCUCCACUCGAGUUGACAUUUCCUUCGUCCUGAACUUUGAGUUGAUACCCAGUUUUUAUCGAAUAUUGAUAAUUAUCUUUACGAAACAGCAUUGAUAGUAGUUCAUAUGACACAAAUAGCGUUAAUAAUUAGAGACAUUUCAUCAUCAGUAUGGCUAAUAAAUCAUUUUCCCUUCGAAGAAACUUGGUUUCAAGUGGUGGUGACGAACUAAACACUGAAGCUGUCAUUCUACAUUCAGACUCGGAGUCGAGCCAGGAUGUUUUUUCUUUGGAAAUUAUGCGCGAUUUUCCUCCUGGGCCUUUGGAUGUAUACCGAAAAAAAGCUUCAUUUAACUGGAAAGAUAUGCGAAUAUUUCUGGAUGGAGAAGACAUUCUGCAAUUUAAGAAUAAAAUAUGGACAGCCUUUGAAAAAGACCCCCUGUUUCACAAGCCAAGAGAUUCAAUUCCCAUUGACAAGAUGAGGGAGUUAAACUUUAAACGUGCUAAGAAAUUAUUUGAAUACGACUUCCUUACAGAACAAGAGAUUUUCCAGAAACCCCUCAAGCACCAGAUGUUUACAGACUGUGUGGGCAUGUAUGACUGGUCACUGAGUGCCAAGUACCAGCUCAACACUGAGAUGUUUGGAGGAACAAUUAUGUCAUCUGGCUCAGAGAGGCAUUUUGAUAUUGUGGAGAAGAACAAACAAUUUCAGAACUUUGGGUGCUUUGCCCUGACAGAGCUGAGCCAUGGCAGCAACACGAAGGCAAUGAGAACAACUGCUGUGUAUGACCCAAAGACUCAGGAGUUUGAAAUCAACACACCAGACUUUGAGGCCACAAAGAUCUGGUCAGGCAACAUGGGUAAGAACGCCACGCAUGCCAUCAUCUACGCUCAGCUCUACACCCCGGAUGGCCAGUGUCAUGGUCUUCACUCGUUUGUUGUUCCAUUGAGGGACGAGAACUUGGUGACACUGCCUGGCGUCAUUGUGGGAGAUAUGGGAGAGAAACUGGGACUUAACGCUCUUGACAAUGGAUUCUGCCAGUUUAACAAGUGUCGUAUUCCAAGAGAAAACUUGCUCAAUAGGACAGGUGAUGUCACUCCUGAUGGAAGAUAUGUUACUCCGUAUAAGGACCCUAACAAGCGGUUUGGAGCGUCCCUGGGCGCUCUGUCUGGUGGCCGUGUGGGUAUAACAGGGAUGUGCGCAUGCAACAUGAAGCUCUGUAUGCCCAUCGCCAUACGAUACUCUGCCGUGAGGAGACAGUUUGGACCCACUGAUGGGGAGGAAAUACCUGUGCUUGAAUACCAGCUACAGCAAUGGCGCCUGAUGCCGUACCUGGCGGCCACAUACGUCUUGGAGUACUGGCAUGUCGCCUUCUUCAUGGACUUUGUCAACAUCAGGAUUGGACUGAUGAUGGGAGACAAGAGUGAGCGACAGGCUCAACUUGGCCGUGAGAUCCAUGGUCUGUCCUGUGCCAGCAAGCCGAUAGCCAGUUGGUUGGCUCGUGACGCCAUCCAGGAGUGCAGGGAGAGCUGUGGGGGACAUGGCUACUUCAGAGUGAACAGGUUUGGUGAACUUAGGGAUGACAAUGAUCCCAACUGUACGUAUGAGGGAGACAACAAUGUGCUGCUGCAACAGACCAGCAACUACCUCCUGUCUCUUCUGGAGGCCAAGCAAAAACAUGGAUCCAAGAUCCAGGCUCCUCUGGAAAGUGUUGAUUUCAUUGACGAUUAUGAGACAAUCUUGAAAACGAGAUUCUCAGCCCGAACGGUGGGAGAUUGCCUCAAUCCUUCUGUGGUUUUGGCAGCCUAUAAGUGGCUGGUGUGUCGUCUGCUGGUGGACAGUGCCGAAAGGCUGCACUCCCAGAUGGGCUCAGGUGCUGACAGUUUCACUGCUAGGAACAACAGCCAAGUGUACUAUGCAAGAUCUCUUGCCAUAGCCUACAUUGAGCACACUGUGAUAGAGCGGUUCUGGCGGAUGGUGCAAGAGGGCAAGGACGGGUCGGAACCUUCUCAGCCUAUCAAAAAUGUCCUCACUAGACUGUGUUCACUGUUUGGACUGUGGAGGCUAGAAAAACACCUCAGCAUUUUAUAUCAGGGAGGCUAUAUCAGUGGCCCCUUGGCCCCUGGCCUGAUUCAGGAGGCCCUCCUGGCGCUGUGUGGAGAGCUCAAGGACGACGCUGUGGCCCUUGUGGACGCCAUUGCACCACCUGACUUUAUCCUGAACUCACCCAUAGGCAUGUCAGAUGGACAGAUUUAUAAGAACCUGUAUGGUGCCAUGCUGCAGGGGGAGAGGGCCCUAGAGAGGCCCCACUGGUGGAGGGAUUUCGUAGACAAGCCAGUAGUUGGGCGUCUCAGACAGGCCAAGUUGUGAUACAAAUAUAAGGGGUUAAGACUAUUAGAGUGUGGACCAAAUUCAUAAAGUUCCCUUUAACAUCCUGACUAGCUGAAAUACAAAAACUGAGGCGUAUUCAUGCUUAAUUUUCUCCUUUGAAUGUUCAUAAAAAUUUAACAUUUGGUAGAUGUUUAUGUUUUUACACUUUUGUGAAUUUAAAUCAGUAGAUUAUACAUACAUACUACUGAUCCAUGCUGGAGACAUGGGUAUGGACUGCCUCUACACCGAGAUCAAUCAUGUGACCGAAUCAGGAACAUUUCUUUUGGUGUGUUUAUUUGUUAGAUGCUAUUUUGAUGAUCAAGAACAGAGCUCCAGAUAAAAGGCGUAUCUGCGUAUUUACGCAUUGAAAAAAUAAAAAAACGCAUUAAAAAUCGGACCAAUACGUAACAAAACGCUUUACAAAUCUUGGUACGUAUUUUAAAUCGAUUAAAGUGCGUAACCGGUUUAACCAAUAAUCCAGUUAAGUUUUUAGUGUCAGUUAACCUUUGAAUCAAGAGUAAGUCAAUCAAAAUAAGCUUGUAAUACAAAUGGCGGCCCAUCAUGUUUGUGGAUCAAAAAGGGACGUUUUAAGCAACUUGCGGGAAUAUUUUUAAAGAAAGUCUGUUCAUAUCGUCAUUUUAAAUAUGUUCUGUUUAAAUUUAAUAAUAUUAAUAACAAAUAAUAAUACUAUCUCUAGAUUAAACACGCCUUUUACUUUUUCCGUUUUCUAUGGAAAUGGAAAAUACCCCUAAAUAUUCCUAACCCUUUAUGGCUGAAACAAAGGAGUAAAAUACGCAUUGACAAUAAUAUCAGGGGGUGAAAUACCCUUUAGAAUAAAUCCUUAUCUGGAGCUCUGAUCAAGAACAUAAUGUAUGGCUUUUAAGAUUAUCUACUUGAACUGAUGUUAACAUUUAAUCAGUUAAUUAAACUUUUGCAAUGGACAAUUAUAGUGUUACAUGUAUUGAUUAAAAGUAUUUGUCUAAUUUGAUUUGUUGUUAACUGGAAAAAAAUACAGAUAUCUGUUUUUCAACUUGCAAAGUUAACGUCAACAGUCAACAUGCAAGCAUUGUGAGCAAUUGUUGAUAAAACUGUAGUUAUCAACUUCUUAUUUAAUCAAGUAUUUAAAUAAAACAAUGUUCACAAAUGCAGUGUCAUGCUCUAAUGUUUUAGUUAUCAGGUUUUUGCUAUAAGUCUAUUUGAUAAGAAUAUGUUCUCACUACAUGUACAAAAUUAAUGGGGUAUUUUAAUGUUGAAUUAUGCUUACGUAGUGUUUUCUAGUGCAACAACUAAAAGAGUUACAAGUAUUUUUCUGGCAUGCAUUGAAUAAGAAAUAGCAUUACAAAAUGUUUUUGGAUUUUAGCUAGUCGUGUUCAAGAUAAGCCACAUAAAUGUAAAAUGGUUUACUUUAAAACCAUGGUUGUUGAUUAAUGUAAAUGUUGUAUCAUUUUAAAGAACUGUUAACUAUGUUAUUAUUGAUAUAUAGUUAAAUUUUCUUGCAUGUUUUUUUUGUGGUAUGUUAUAGAUUUCAUAUUAUGUCUUAAUGUGUUAUUCUUAUUAAAUAUGUGUUCUACAUAAAGUUAAAUUAGUAAUUUUAAAGAAUCAAAUAUUUUUAAUAAAUAUUAAAACUGGAUGCUGUCCUCGUACUCAAAUUAGCUUCUAUGAAAAUGUUGUGUUACCAGUAAGCAAACUAUUACAUGUACUUUUACCUGCCCUAUUAGACAUUAUUAUCCCCCGCCAUAGGAGGAGAGAUAUUGUUUUGGCCUUGUACGUCCUUCCGUCCGGCACUUUUGUGUCUGGAGCCAUAUCUUGGAAGUGCUUUGGCGGAUUUCAUUGAAACUUGGUAUGAGUAUAAAUAUGGAUAAGAGGAUGAUGCAUGCCAAAUGGCAUUGUACACCAUCUGUUAAUAACGGAGUUAUUGUUAAUAACGGAGUUAUUGCCCUUUGUAUCUUGAACAAAUGCUUUUUUAUGUCCGGAGCCAUAUCUUGAAAGUGCUUUGGGGGAUUUCAUUGAAACUGGGUAUGAGUAUAUAUAUGAAUAAGAGGAUGAUGCAUGCCAAAUGGCAUUGUACACCAUUGGAUAAUAACGGAGUUAUGACCCUUUGUAUCUUUAAAAAAUGUUUUUGUGUGUGUGUCCGGAGCCAUAGCUUGGAAAUGCUUUGCCGGAUUUUAUUGAAACUUGGUAUGAGUAUAUAAAUGGAUAAGAGGAUGAUGUUGGCGUUGUCCAUCCGUCCAGAAAUAUUUGUGUCCAGAAGUAUUUAGGCGGGGGAUAUCAAUUCAACGAAUUUGCUUGUUUUUAUGCUAUUUAAAAGAAUUACAGUGAUUUGCAUAUUUUUUGUAUAUUUAUUUGAAUAAAAAAAAAAUUACAUCAA